AGUCCAUCUUCACAUUGCGUGCGGAGCAGCGCAUUGUGCUGCUGCUUUCAACGCAAAUCCUGGAGAAUAUGCGUCUUUCCGUUACCUCGCUGCGCCAAUCUCUUACCAAGACGCAUGCGCACCCGUCACGGUCGGGACUUCUGAGAAGGGGCUUUGUUCGUAGGCAGAUUACCAACUUCCGUUGUGUGAAGGUUUCAAAACGAAGGGCUUGGUGCCAGUUCAUGAGAGAGCUUUGUUUUGUUGAAUAUGUGCCCGGCUAAAAGUUGCAAAAGUUUGGAAAACGGGGCUCUGACCAUAAGUACUAGGCUUUGGCAACUAACAUCAUUCAGUUAGAGUAACGAAUACUUAUUCCUGCUCAGCAAAAUAGUCUUUUCUUAAAAUGGAAACUCCUGUAUUAAGCAAACCUACAUCAAUAUGCUCCACUCCAGAGAACUAUGAGAUUCCUGCUCACAGCAGCAGCUCAGGGAAACAGCCAAUGAGUGCAACCCUUAGAGAACGAUUGAAGAAAGCAAGGCGAUCCUUUAAUGCAACUUUAACUGUAGCAAAACGUCUUAAAAUAAAUGAAGACAACAACUGUGGUGCUCAUGAAGAGAAAGUUCCACGUAAAGAAGAACCAUGUUCCACGUCACAAGAUGAGGGUAUAUGCUUGGGAAAAAGCUCUGAUGAAACUGUGUGUUUGAAAAGUGCUUUACAGGAAAGAGUACUCGGUGAACCUGAAUAUACUGGAUGCAAUAAGACUACACAGAAUUCUCCACAAAUUGCUUUGUUAAGAACUGAUUGUGAACAAAGGGAACUGCUGGAGGAGAAGGCAAAAUUAGUGAAGCAGAUUCAGGAAAAGGAGGAACUUCUUCGAAGACUUAAAUUGGUCAAGAUGUAUAGGUCAAAGAAUAACCCAGCAGAGUUGCAGUCUCUGAUAGCAAAAUGGCGAAGCAGUUCCCAAGCAAUGCUAUAUGAGCUACAAUCAGCUUUGUCUACAGAUGGCAAGAAAUUAAGUCUCACUCAGUUGAUAGACAACUUUGGACUAGAUGAUCAGCUGCUACAUUAUAUCAGAACAGAAGAAACCUUUAUGUAGGCAUGAUACAAGUGUCUUAUCUUGCUAAUUAAAAAUGAACAUUUUCUAAGACUUAAA